ACAGCACUAGCACAGAGCAAUCUUUCAGAAAAACACACACACAAAAACUUUACACACUAGAUUUUUGAUAAAAGACAUGCUGACCGGAAAAUGUCUGGUAGUGUGUUUAAUUGUAUAUUUAUGCUAUGUAGGACUAGGCGGCGCAUCGCAGGACGAAGACGAGCUGCGGAUGGCAGGACCAAAGUGCUCGAGCUGCAUGAAAAUUCAGCGCAAAUGUACCGUGUCGCAUUCUGGCCUGUUUUGUAAAAAUAAAACGGAUAAGGAAAAGAUACUGUUUUCAACGAACAAGGGCAGACGAUUGUACCAUUUGCCCGAGUGUGUUCCGCAGAAGUAUAACGUUACGGGUCCGAUUUUGGACUGGUGCUGUCUGUGGUCGCCGAAGCUGGGCUGCCAGCAAUUGGCCGGAAUCUACUACCAAAACCAAUCGCGCCGGAAGGACACCUGCGACAUUUGCCUGCACUCCUGCGCCUGCGAUGAGGAUAGGAACGGGGUGGUCAAGUGCACGCCCAUGGCCAAAUGGCUAGCUGCUUUGGGGAUUCUGGUCCUGCUGUCGGGGUCUUAUCGCCGUUCUUGAGAUGCGCUGCUUUGCAUAUCACUGGAAAUUCAAUAAAGUUGCCUGCAUGGGGGAAUUCCGAGUGGUCGGGCAUACAUACCAGAAAAACAAAGUGGCCAUUGCACUAAGCCAAGGCGAAUACAAAUCAAGUCAACAAUGGGUCGGUCUGCCACUGUCCCCCAGCGACACGGUGCACAUGACUCUGGCCAGAAGGGGAACGGGCGAAUGGCUUAUUGUUUCUGUUGAUUUUUCCCAGCGAGUGCCAGUGCUGAGCGAUAUUCAGAAGGUUAACUAACCUGAUAUAUGGAGUAUGUUCGAGUUAUGUUGGAAUUCCAAGAACACAUUGUUAAUCAACAGCA